AUGUGGGAGAGUGAUGAGAUGUGGGAGAGUGAUGAGGAGAGUGAUGAGGUGUGGGAGGGUGAUGAGGUGUGGGAGAGUGAUGAGGUGUGGGAGAGUGAUGAGGUGUGGGAGAGUGAUGAGGUGUGGGAGGGUGAUGAGGUGUGGGAGGGUGAUGAGGUGUGGGAGGGUGAUGAGGUGUGGGAGGGUGAUGAGAUGCGUGACAGUGAUGUGGGACGAAUGAUGGGAUACCAUGAAAAUGUGCCGGCCAGGUCGCUCACCCACCUCUCGUCUCUCAGGCAUGUCCAACUGCGCUCGCACGAGCUACUUGGUCUCAUAGGAAGCCCGGCGCUCCUGUGCAGACCUGCAACUUCACCUGACUGUUUCCUGGACAGUUAUCCUCCAAAUCCAGAAAGGAUAAUCGUCAAGCAAUUUCAGAUUGCCUUGAUAACUGAUAAACGCGCGUACACGCUUUUGCUCUUCCGUUCGGCGGCGCCCCCGCCGCCGCUCCCUGGGAUUUGGACGGCGCGCGCGCGGAGCCGCCCACUGGCGCGACAGCUGCGCCCUCUGGGAACGCCCGCGGCGAACGCCGCCGCCGCCUUCGCCGCGAGCAGCGUCUGGCACCGCGUUGCCCGCAGGAGCCCACGCGCCGGCCGACCGACCGGCAACGACAGCGAGGCGGCGCGAACGCUGCAUUCUCGUUCUCUCUGCCCGGACAAAUAG